GAGAGAGGGGAGAGUUCAGUUAAUUGUCCCGAGGAAGAGAUAUCAGAAGAUCACCAUGUACUCGAUCUUGUUCCUAACGAGAUCUGUCCGGUUUGGUAAUUCGCCACGAAGACUGGCCUCGUCGUUCAUGGGAUCGUCGCGCUUGCCGCAGCUAAUAAGUAAUGGCGUGUCGCAAGGGUACGUGCGGAGGGAAUUACAAACGUCAGAGAGGCCACGAAGGCAACAGACCUUUACGGAGCGCAGCGAAUUGAAAUACGCCCGUCGGCUGGUAAUCAAGCUCGGCAGCGCCGUUAUAACCAGGGAGGACGAACACGGCCUCGCUCUCGGACGUCUAGCGUCUAUCGUCGAGCAGGUAGCCGAAUGCCAGAUCGAUGGCCGCGAAUGCGUCAUGGUUACUAGCGGGGCGGUCGCCUUUGGCAAGCAAAAGCUCACCCAAGAGCUUUUAAUGUCCAUGUCGAUGAGAGAGACUCUGAGCCCAACGGACCACACGCGGGAGCAUGCAGGAACUAUGUUGGAACCUAGAGCAGCUGCCGCGGUGGGCCAGUCUGGCCUCAUGUCUCUCUACGACGCGAUGUUCGCCCAGUACGGCGUCAAGAUCGCCCAGGUGCUGGUGACCAAGCCCGACUUCUACAACGAGGAGACGCGGAAAAAUCUCUUCAGCACCCUGAGCGAGCUGAUCAGCCUGAACAUCGUGCCGAUCAUCAACACGAACGACGCGGUAUCCCCGCCACCGGAUGUAGACGAAGAGGUCGCCGGUAGUGGCGGCAGACGAGGAAUAUCCAUCAAGGACAACGACUCCCUGGCAGCGAUGCUGGCAGCUGAGGUCCAGGCGGACCUGUUGGUCCUCAUGAGCGACGUCGACGGGAUCUAUAAUCUUCCACCCUGGCAAGACGGCGCGAAGAUGCUGCAUACCUUCAGUUCCGACCUUAGGGAUACCAUCAAGUUCGGACAGAAGUCGAAGGUAGGCACGGGCGGCAUGGACUCGAAGGUUAACGCCGCUCUUUGGGCGAUGGACCGUGGCGUUGCAGUGGUCAUCUGCAACGGCACCCAGGAAAAAGCCAUUAAGAGCAUCAUGUCGGGCAGGAAGAUCGGAACGUUCUUCACGCAGGCUGCCGGCUCGUCCACUCCCGUCGAGGUGGUCGCCGAAAAUGCCCGCGUUGGCAGUAGAACGCUACAGGCGUUACGCCCCGAGGAACGGGCCGAAUGUAUUACAACCCUCGCGGACUUGUUGGAGUCUAGGCAGCCCGAGAUUCUCGAGGCGAACGCGCUGGAUCUGGAUGCCGCGAGUAAGAACAAUUUGGCGACAGUACUGUUAUCACGUCUGUCCCUGACACCGGCGAAACUCAAGUCCCUGAGUUCUGGUCUACGUCAGAUCGCGGACAGCUCGUUGAACAACGUGGGUCGCGUGAUCCGUAGAACCAGAUUGGCCGACGGUUUGGAGUUGCGGCAGGUAACGGUGCCCAUCGGCGUGCUGCUAGUGAUCUUCGAAUCCAGACCGGACAGUCUGCCUCAGGUAGCCGCCUUGGCCAUGUCCAGUGCCAACGGACUUCUCCUGAAGGGCGGCAAGGAGGCUACUCAGAGCAAUAAGUACCUAAUGAUACUCGUGAAGGAGGCGUUGGACAAGUUCGGCGCUUCAAACGCAAUUUCGCUCGUUUCAACGAGGGAGGACGUGGGCGACCUUCUCUCGAUGGAGAAACAUAUAGAUCUCAUCAUCCCUCGUGGUAGCUCGGAGCUGGUUCGUACGAUCCAGGAACAGUCUAAGCAUAUACCCGUCCUGGGUCACGCCGAGGGAAUCUGCCACGUUUACGUCGACAAGAACGCGGAUCUAACGAAGGCGAUGAGGAUCGUUAGGGAUUCCAAGUGCGAUUACCCCGCCGCGUGCAACGCUAUGGAGACGUUGCUGAUACAUGAAAAUGUUAUGAGCGGCAGUUUCUUUAGCGACGUGUGCAGCAUGUUGCAUAAAGAAGGGGUAAAAAUUAACUCCGGGCCAAAGCUAAGAGAUUUAUUGACCUUUGGUCCGCCUGCUGCCAAAAGCAUGCGAACCGAAUACGGCGCACUCGAAUGUACCAUAGAAGUAGUUACGGACGUUGAUGAUGCCAUCAAUCACAUCCAUAAAUAUGGUAGCAGCCAUACCGAUGUUAUUGUCACCGAGGAUACCGGUACAGCGAUGCAUUUCCAGAGAGAGGUUGACAGUGCGUGUGUGUUUCAUAAUGCCAGCACCAGAUUUGCAGAUGGUUAUAGAUUCGGUCUUGGAGCAGAGGUCGGUAUUUCCACGACACGUAUCCACGCACGUGGUCCGGUAGGAGUAGAUGGACUAUUAACGACAAAAUGGAUGUUGAAAGGCGAUGGACACGCGGCCGCGGAUUUCGCCGAAGGAGGCAGCAAAACUUGGCUUCAUCAAGCCUUACCUCUCACAGAAUCAGCGUGAUUCGAUCGCUUUAAACUUUGUGAUCUCGGGAUGGCUAGAAUCAUUCAUAAGAUACUAAACUUCUUUAAAUAAAU